AUGGCGUUUCACAGCGGCGACCAAUUGACGCUGCUGCAAAAGUGGACGACAAGAGCGUCUGAAUCCCAGUUCAAUGCUCUAUCAGGAGCCAUAGGAGGUUUCACUUCCGGCAUCAUUACCUGCCCCCUCGAUGUUAUCAAGACAAAACUUCAGGCACAGGGAGGCUUCGUGCCCGUGAACAAGGGCAGGCAUGUAGGCCACCACAAGGUUUAUGAGGGACUUCUGGGCACAGCAAGAGUCAUAUGGAAGGAAGAGGGUCUUCGUGGCAUGUAUCGAGGACUAGGACCUAUUAUCCUUGGAUAUCUACCAACAUGGGCCGUUUGGUUUACUGUGUAUACAAAGAGCAAGGAGUUCUUCGCGGAGCGUGAUGUGCGAAACCAAUUCGUCAUUAAUUUCUGGUCCUCAAUCGUCGCAGGCGCCAGCAGUACCGUAGUCACGAAUCCUAUCUGGGUCAUCAAGACCCGGCUCAUGUCACAGUCCUCACGGCAUGUGUCCGAUUUUCCGAGGACGGGCAGCACGCCGACAUCGAGGCCAAGUGUCAGCUCAUCCUGGCACUAUAACUCGACGCUCGAUGCCGCGAGGAAGAUGUACUCGUCAGAGGGCAUUCUAUCAUUCUACUCGGGGCUCACACCAGCAUUGCUCGGCUUGAGCCAUGUUGCCGUACAGUUCCCUGCUUACGAAUUCUUGAGACAAAAGUUUACCGGUCAGCGAAUGGGCCAUAUGGGAGAAGACAAUUCGCAAAGACAAUGGGUCGGUGUGCUCUCGGCUUCGAUAUUAUCUAAGAUCCUGGCAAGCUCGGCAACGUAUCCCCAUGAGGUCAUUAGGACAAGGUUGCAGACGCAGAGAAGACCGGCAGCUGGGUCCGAAUACCUCCAAGGACUUGGGGUUAAUCCCCCUAGCGAAAAAGGCGUCAAUGGAGCAGGAAAAGCUGUUCAUGAACCCAAGUACAAAGGUGUUAUGAUGACAUUCCGAACAAUAUUAAGAGAGGAGGGUUGGAGGGCUUUUUAUGCGGGCAUGGGCGUCAACAUGGCCCGAGCCGUGCCGGCCGCUACCGUCACUAUGAUGACCUACGAAUAUGUGAUGAAGACAUUACACGAGGAGAAGGCGGCGGCACUCCAGGUCAUGGGUCGAGCCAGUUCGACACCAGAGAUUCCCGAGCCCUAA